AUGGGGACCUAUUCAAAUGUUUCAAAUAACUUCCCUCAAAUCCGGCUCUACCCCUUGGGUCUCCCAACUAUAGAGGAAGAAGCUCCAUCUACUGUUUCUAGAAGGCCAGCACUAGAACGUCUCUCCCAGACAAGAACCCCGGCCCUUCAGAGACUUGGAGGGUUAACAAGUGAUGAUUCUGGCCAUUUUGAGGAGGUAGAGGUCCAUUAUGCUAAUGGGAAUGAGUCAACGUUCGUGGAAAAUCGAUCACCAGCCCUGCUUAGAAUUAAUGCAACUACUGAUGCUGAGGUGGAUUCAGUCCAAAUUACUAUCCCAAAGACAACUAAAGGCACUGCUAGAAAGAGGAACUCAAGCGGACAGACCUCCACUAACACAAAUAGGAAGAGGAUCGCCGAUAGCUCUCUACAAGGGGCGAGUUCCUGUAAACGGAAUGCGGCUCGUAUUCUCAACCCUCUGAAAAAGAAAGCGGCUCCUGAUAGAGCAGGAACUAGUAACACUAUACCUGUUGAUCGGGACUUAACCUCAAGGACUCAAGACACUACUCAGGGAACACAAGCGAGAGGAGUUGUUCUGGAGACAAAAAAGCAGAGUUCAAUGGCUUCAGGGAGGAGAUCGCAACACGGGUUACUUCCACGCCUCAGUGCGACGGAGAAGAGCUAUCAGUAA